AUGGAAGCCAAAGAUUUCCAUCACCCAUUCCGGCCAUAUGACAUUCAGCAGCAAUUCAUGGAAGGCGUGUACAACUGCAUUGAGCAUGGCAAAGUUGGCAUUUUCGAAUCUCCAACAGGAACAGGCAAAUCAUUGAGCCUGAUAUGCGGCUCACUGACCUGGCUCCGCGAGCACAAGCGGAGAAUGUUCGAUGAAGCCAUGGCAAGUGUUGAGGUCGAGGAUGACGAGCCAGAGUGGAUGACCGAAGCCGCUAGGAGGGCUCGUAGCCGCGAGAUCAGACAUAUGAGGGAGGAAUUCGAGGCGCGCUUGACUUCUGUACGCGAAAGAGAAAGGAGGGCCCGAGAGCGAGCUCAGCGUAUUGCGAAUGAAGGGCCAGCUUUCAAGCGUCAGAAGAGAUCAGACGAGCAGCCUGAGGAGAAUGCUGACGAAGAGCAAUUUGUGCUUGCCGACUACGAUAGCGUUGACGAAAAUGGCUCUGGCCAAUCUCAAUACUCAGCCGAGACUACGAAGCUCAUGGAGAAGCUUGGUCUGUUGCAUAAAAGUGCAAACCAAGAAGACGACGCUGCGAAUGCCGAUGAGCCCAAGAUCUAUUUCUGUUCCCGCACGCAUUCACAGCUAUCUCAAUUUAUCGGCGAACUGAAAAGAGUGCGCCUACCGCCAGGGUUGCCGCCCGAAGACGAGCAAGGCAAGUCUGAUGGCGCUGGCUUGGUCGAAGAGCUCAAACAUCUUACGCUUGGAUCCCGACAGAACCUGUGCAUCAACCCUCGUGUCAACAAGCUCUCCACUCUGACUGCGAUCAAUGAGCGAUGUGCCGAGCUGCAACAGUCAAACGUCGCAGCAGACAAGAAAUGCCAGUACUUGCCAAAGAAAGAAAAUGAAGACGUGAUCCUGGACUUUCGUGACCACGCUCUGGCCAAAAUCAGAGACAUCGAAGACCUGGCUGGUCUAGGCUCUAAGCUUGGUGUGUGCCCGUACUACGCUUCUAGACCUGGCAUAGGACAUGCUGAGAUCGUCACUCUGCCCUACCCGCUACUGCUGCACAAGGCCGCCCGCGAAGCACUUGACAUCUCGAUCAAAGGCCAUGUGGUUAUCAUUGACGAGGCUCACAACCUUAUGGACUCUGUCGAGACCAUCUAUUCUGCAAACAUCAACGACUCACAGCUGCAGCAAGCUAAAGCAGGACUUGCAGAAUACUAUCGGAAAUUCAACAAACGACUCAAGGACAAGAAUCGAAUAUAUGUCACACAGCUGAUCAAAGUCAUCAAUUCUCUGUUGCACUUUGCUAGUCAAGUACGCCAACAAAGUAACGAUGGCGCUACGACGACUGCGACUUCACUUCUUGCUCAGCAUAAUGCGGACCAAAUCAAUCUGGUCAAGCUCGUUCAGUACAUCAGUGCGAGCAAGCUGGCGAGAAAAGUAGAAGGCUACAUUGCGCAUCUUGCGCGCGCUGAAGCUGAAACCACGCAGAAGCGUACAGCAAGCCAAGAGGCUGCAGCCGACGUUCCAAUACUUACACACGUACAGAAUUUCUUACCGUGCUUGAUGAAUCCUGCCAAAGAAGGCCGCUUCACAUGGAGCAAAGUGGAUGACAAGGUGACGAUCAAAUACAUGCUGCUCGACCCCGCCGAACAUUUUCGAGAUAUUGUCGAGAGUGCCAGAUCCGUCAUCCUCGCAGGCGGCACAAUGUCUCCCAUGGAAGACUACAAACAGCAGCUCUUCCCAUAUCUCAACGACAUCACCACAUUCUCCUGCGGACAUCUGAUUCCGCCCAACAACUUGUUCGUUCGAACAAUCCCCUCCGACAACGAAGGCUCGAUCGAUUUCACUUUCAAAUCGCGCGAUAAGAAUAUGCUUCGCGCGGGCAAAGCUCUUCUACAACUUGCUCCAAAAGUGGAAGGCGGCAUGGUGGUAUUCUUCCCCAGCUACUCAUACAUUGACAACAUUCUGCGCGCAUGGAAGACCGCUGGUAUCACAUCUCAACUCGAAGCUCUCAAGCCUCUGUUCUUCGAUACUCGUGGAACCAGUCAAGAAGAUCCUUUUACAGCAUACACCGCAGCCAUACACAAGGAUCCCAAACGCGGCGCGCUCCUUCUCUCUGUGAUCGGCGGCAAGCUCUCUGAGGGCAUCAACUUCUCCAACGAGCUCGGUCGCUGUGUUGUUGUAGUUGGUCUGCCAUUCCCAAACUACGCUGAUCCGGACUGGAAAGCUAAGAUGGAAUAUCUGGAAGAGCGGGCUGCGCAGAGAGGGGAGCCAAAGGGUCGAGCGAGCAGAGAGCAUGGAGAGAAUGUCACGAUGAGAAGUGUGAAUCAAUCGAUCGGGAGAGCAAUCAGACAUAAGGACGAUUGGGCGAGUAUACUCUUGUUCGACGCGAGGUAUGCUGAUGAGAGGUUUAGAAGGAAGCUACCCGGUUGGAUUCGAGAUUGUGUCGAUGCGAAAGCUGAUGGGAAUGUGGGAAGUGUGGCAGCGGGUUUGGGGCAGUUCUUUGGGCGAAAGAGAUGAGGUGAGUAGCAACUGACUGUCGUGAAGACGACCUUAGCAGCUCAGUUUUGGUUCAUACAUUGCUUCGAUUCUCGGUCUAAGGAGACGCUCAUCUGCCUGGUUGCUCUCCACAAACUCCCCUGCAC